UUGAAUCACAAUGGAUUGUACACGAAUUAAAUGCUAGCCUAUAAAUUAAUUUAUAAUGAUAAGAACAUUCAACAUUAUAAAACAAAAUAGGUAUUUAAAUAUACGCACAGCCGCUCUCAUAAGAUAAAAAUUCCUUUGAGACCAAAAUUCCUUUUAGACUACUUUUAAAAUUUGAAAAAUAUUUUCAAUUAUUUCUGAGAAACUUUCUCGCUUUCACCACCCACUUUUGGAACAAAAAGGUUUCUAGCUGUCGAAAAAUUAUUUUUUUCUGCUCGAAAUGGACCAACAUAAUCAUUAAUUGAAAAAUGACUAUAGGACACAGUAGAACAUAAAAUUCUAAUAAAUAAAAUGAAUAACGCCGGCAUAAGGGGAGUAUGUAACAAAUGGUUUGCAAGUUUCCUUGCGGACAGAUCGCAGCAAGUGAGAGUAGGUGACGCAUUAAGCUCCAAGAGAUACUCAUCCUGUGGCGUUCCGCAGGGAUCAGGACUAUCAGCCGAAUCAUUCCUGAUCUAUAUAAAUGAUUUGUGCGAAGGAAACCUUAUUGGAUCGCUGACAGCAUUUGCUGAUGACACAGCUCUGAGCUACUGCGCUGAAACUAAGACUCAGCUGACACAAAUGAUUACAAGCGAUGUACGCCGUUUGAACCUGUGGUUUCAAAUUAACUCCCUCGAGAUCAACGCUAAAAAGUCAAAAAUUAUCGUCUUCCAACUAAAAUCUAAAGCAGAAAACACACAACCUCUAGCUAUUCCCUCUCAUACCGAUAAGUGCAAAAAUCUUGACAUAGACUACAACUGUGACAGAAUUGAGGAGUCUGAGUCUGUAAAAUACUUAGGCGUAAUAAUCGAUUCCAAGCUCAGCUGGGCACACCACAUACAAAAAUUGAGAGAAGAGUUAAGGGUGACAUGUAGAAAAUUAUAUUUCAUCCGCAAACUCUGCCCUAAGCACUUGCUGAGAACGCUAUAGUACUUCUAUAAAGUAUUACUAACUUUUUACAAUAGGAGUGGACACCUUGUCAAUCCACGGCGGGAAACUUGUGGACUCCGUUCAGCGGGAAGUCUACUUCCCCCAAAACCAAACAAAGAAUGCUUUCGUAGAUUUUAUUCCUAUGUAGCCCCUAAAAUAUUCAACAACAUACCAAUCGUGGCAAGAAAGCAAACAUGCUAUCUAAAACUCAAAAAAGAAAUUAAAAAAUGGCUGUUAACAAUGGAUGAGAUCGAAGACCUAUUUAAAAAAAAUAGUUAAA